AUGGGGUUUCUGGACUUUGUCUUACGCAAAAUAAAGGGUUCCCGCCAUGAGAACCAUACCAGUCACACACAAAAAUCAUCGAAGAGCAACAAGACUGACACAAGCUACCAGAGUGAAGUGACGAAUAAUGGAUCUUCAAGAGGUCAUCCACAGGAUCCGCAAAAUGCAAGAAAAGUUCACUCACCACGCAAAAUUGAACAUCGAAAUGAAAACUCCGGCCAGCCCCAUCACGUACAUAAAACACCUUAUUCGAUCGAGAAGCAAAUCAAAUACAUCGAAAAACACAUCUAUGACUGGAAUAAAGAAAACCCCCCUAGUCGCCACGUUAAAAUCGAUAUCAUUAUCCUUCAAGGUCUACUCGACAUUAACCAGAAUUUGACAGAACCAAGAUCCAGCUCUCAAAUUAGAUUCAUUUGUAACCCUGAGAAGGUCUGGGGCAAAUUGAAUUCAGAACUACUACAAAUUGCAUGCAAGGAAAGGAAGUGGCACCCAGAUUUUUUGUGGUCUCCUUAUGAUUUGGAUGAAGAUGUCCAAAAAAGAAUGUUUAAAGAAAUUGCUAAAGAUGACCCGGUCUACAAGACGAAUAAGAAAGUCAUGAUAAUACGAGGACCCCCACGGGAUUAUCGGAUAUGUCAGCGCAUUGAUCGUCUUCGCGGUUGGGAGUCGAAACCUGAUCUAUACAAUUCCAAGUUGAGUAGAAUAGUGGAAGAUAUUGAAAGUUACAUCAAUGAACAGUUGGAAGGCGCACGGUCCAAAUCGAAGAAGGGCACCAUCACACCGCGAUACUUGAUUAAAAAAUGGCAGAAAGAUUAUCAUUUCGAAUUUAGUAAGGUGCUGCGAUCGCUAAAGAACAACAGUGUGGAACGAUCGAAACCGAGUGAACAUAGCGGCACAAAAAGUCAUGAAUCUCACAAGGUAGAUGGACCACGUGAUUCUGCCAUUUCCCUUCCAAACACCGGUCGACGAGCUCUAUCUAAAUCAAAAGGACCAAAGCCAUCAAAUCAUGGAUCCGAAAGUGAUACAUCUAUAUCUACACGUCCGCGCCGAGUGCAUCAGCAACACAAUUCUGCUGUAUCACCUUCAGGCGCCGGUGAACGACCUCCGUCUAAGUCACGUGCACAUAAACUAUCAGAUGAUGUUUCCGACAGUGACCCAUCUAUACAUCCGCGACGACGUAAACCAAAACCUUCCCAGCCGCUUAUUCCAAGUAAGCCUCAAACCAAGUCAAAUCGCGAUAAUUUAGCAAAGACCGCUCCUCAUACACGACCGUCAAUAACGAUUCAGUCGCCAAGUAAGGACGGAGGAAGGUCCUCUAGUAAAUCUCCACAUAGAAAACUUCAUGGACGCUCGCCUCGCACCCCUCGUACACCUCAAACGCCUUUAAAUAAAAGCCCAGGAAAACCAUCUUUGCCUCCGUCUUUAUAUCAGUCAGAUCAUGGCCGUCAGAAAUCUCCUGCACGGCCUCGAUCUAGCGACCGCAGAAUUAUGACUCAGGAAAGGAGUCAUCGAGACUUCCUAGAUCCUAUUACUAGCCAAUCGCAAUCACAAUCUUACCCUCACGCAAAUAGCAAUGAAGUGAGGCCAAGGAAUAGUUAUCCAGAUCUAUUCAACAAUAACCCUAAUUACUCUCAACAGCAACAAAAUUCGAACUCACAACUACUCUCGCCAUACGUCAACACGAAAUACGGAUACCCGAGGCCGUCAAAUGAAGAUACAAACUUGCCAUCACCUCCAGACGCAAAAGAUAUGUCAUGGAAAGAUGGUCGAACGCGCGAGCAAAUAGAAGAAAUACAUAGACAAGAGUACAAGAAACUCAGGUCGGAGGACGGCAUUAGUUGA